AAAGGCUCUGCGGCUGAUUCCUGGUGUUUGAGCCCUGAUUGGACGCAGGGAGUCACGUUGGCCGCCAGCCUGUCAGUCUGAUGCCGCACCAUUGUUCCCAGCCCUCCUUCCGGCUGACUGGAAGAAGGCUCGGUAGCGUCGACCGGAGCGCCGGUCCGUCCAGCAGCAUCGGGGAGCUCGGAUGGUGCCACUGCAGCCCGCUGGAGGUUGUGCGUGGAGCGGAGGGAGGGGCCUUGAUUUCAUUGUCUACACGGCGACGUGAAUGGUGCAGAUGUGUCAAGGCCAUGAGCGGAAUACUGAAGAGAAAAUUCGAGGAGGUGGAGGCCUCCUCCUCCCCGUGCUCGUCCUUAAGGGAGUCUGAUGAUGAAGUAUCCUGCAGCGAGAGCGGGAAUAGCAGCGACAGCGUCAACCCGUCCGCCGCUGGUCCUUUCAUGCCCGGUUCCAUCCUGAAGCGGGAGAAGCGUGUCUGCACGCGGCGGGUGCGCUUUGAGAAGGUGACAGUGUACUACUUCAGCCGGCGCCAGGGCUUCACCAGCGUGCCCAGCCAGGGCGGCAGCACCCUGGGCAUGUCCAACAGGCACAGCUGGGUCAAGCAGUACUCGCUCGGGGAGUUCGCCAUGGAGCAGGAGAGGCUGCACAGAGACAUGUUGAGAGACCACCUCAAGGAGGAGAAGCUGAACUCCAUCAAGCUCAAGUUGACCAAGAACGGCACAGUGGAGUCCGAGGAGGCCAACACGCUGACGGCGGAGGACAUUUCCGACGACGACAUCGACCUGGACAACACGGAAGUGGACGAGUACUUCUUCCUGCAGCCGCUCACCACCAAAAAGAGGCGGGCCCUGCUCCGCUCCUCCGGCGUCAAGAAGAUCGACGUGGAGGAGAAGCAUGAGCUCCGGGCCAUCCGAAUGUCCCGGGAGGACUGCGGCUGCGAUUGCAGAGUCUUCUGUGAGCCCGAGACCUGCGCCUGCAGCAAUGCAGGAAUCAAGUGCCAGGUGGACCGUAUGUCCUUCCCGUGCGGCUGCAGCAAGGAAGGCUGCAGCAACUCCAGCGGCAGAGUGGAGUUUAAUCCCAUCCGCGUUCGGACACACUUCCUGCACACCAUCAUGAAGCUGGAACUGGAGAAGAGUCGCGAGCAGGAGCAAGCGUCCCCCUCCAACGGUUGCCACGGCAACGACAGCACCACCGCUAACCCUCUGGUUCCAUCUCAGCACAGGCUGGACUUCGCGCUGCCGGACGCCGUUCCCCAAAGCGGCGUGCACCUGCAGACGUCGGACGAGAUGGAGGCGCCGCUGGAGGAGGACGAGGAGGAUGAAGAUGAGGAGGAAGAGGAUGAAGAGGAGGAGGAGGAAGAGGAGAAUGAGGACGAGGAGGACAGCAGUAGCGUUUUCAGCGGGAUUUCGGACUCCAGCACUCAGAGUUUAGCCAACAGUGACUCCGAGGAGGAUGAGGAGGAUGAAGACGAGGAGAGGUCAGACACGUGCCCCACGGAGGCGCCCUUGGCGUCCGUGUUGUGUUACGACAACCACGUGAACGGAAGCACUUAUUUAAUCAACUCCUCCCCCGCUGACUACUAUCAGCUGGGGACCUCUAGCUCCGCCCCAAACGGCCAAAGCAGCCAGUCGGGCGAGCCCUUCGGGGGCACCUUAGCAUUCCCGGAGCCAAUCAGCAACCCCCAAAGCCAGCAGGGCGUCUUCCCCAAUCAGGACCAAUACUCAACACAUUGUAAUCUGAGUACUAAUGUAUCCCAUUACACCACACCCGACCAGGACCAGCCGUCCCAAGCGGACUUUGCAGACCCGCCCCAGAACCAGACGCAGUUUCACAACUACCUGAACAACAACGUCCCCUUCAGCCCCUGCGGCUCGUGUGCGAGCGCCGAGCUGCCGCCGCCGCCGCCCAACAUCAACGCACGUCCCGACCUCAGCUUGCUCGCCACCGGCACCAAGAACCUGUCCUUACCUGCCCUGUGAGGGGACGCCGGGACCGCAUCCUAACGACCCCGCCCACUCUUUCAUUCUUGGCCUUCCGCUUCCUCUCACCUUCAAACCAUCAGCGACAUCACACCUUUCAUCAUGGGAUCAAUCACGUGGAUCAAUACAUCCUGGAAGCAGUACUCUAUGUGUACUCUAUCAACUUUUCUAUGUCUGUGUGUCAAAUGUGUGCAGAAAGGAUUACUGUUGCUUUAUUAUUGCUUAGGAAUUCUGCGUAUACGUAUAUAUAUAUAUUGUCAAAGUUUUGAUAAUACGCAUGCUCUCUUUGGGAAUGGCAGGGGAACAAAAUGCUAUUGUUUUAUAGAAGAGAAAAAAAUGUACACAUCAUGUACCUUGCGCUUGUUUUUGCUGACUCUUCUAUGCUUUUCUAUGAUUUGGAAAGCAUGAGAAAGCCUGAGUUUGUAUGUUUGGGAAAAAAAAGGUCAGAUUGUACCCGAAAGCCGAGGCCCAAAGGCACGCGCAUCCGUUAUCAACACAGGUGGUCCUCCGCUGAGUCAAACAACGCAUCAAAUACAAGACAUGACGGUCCCACAUCAUCCUGUAACAGCUUGUUAAAGACUGGGAAACUUUAUUUAUUUCAUUCAGGAGAAUUAGCGUUCAAUCAUCUUUAUGAGGGUGGACGAUAAUUAUCACAGCCAUGGGAAGGAAUUAUGACGUCAUACCGAUUAAUAUGAUAACAUUUAAAAUGGCUCCAAUAACCAAUUAUUUACGAAAAAUGCUCUAAUGAAAAUAUUGCAUCUUUGGCCAAAGACAUCAGCUUCUUUUUCUUAAAACACUGACAACUUUGGCCGAAACCACUGGCAACACUGGUAACUUUGGCCGAAACACUGGCAACUUUGGCCGAAACACUGGCGACUUUGGCCGAAAACACUGGCGACUUUGGCCGAAAACACUGGCGACUUUGGCCAAAAACACUGGCGACUUUGGCCAAAAACACUGGCGACUUUGGCCAAAAACACUGGCGACUUUGGCCAAAAACACUGGCGACUUUGGCCAAAAACACUGGCGACUUUGGCCCAAAACACUUGCGACUUUGGCCCAAAACACUUGCGACUUUGGCCGAAAACACUGGCAACUUUGGCCUAAAACACUGGCAACUUUGGCCUAAAACACUGGCAACUUUGGCCCAAAACACUGGCAACUUUGGCCCAAAACACUGGCAACUUUGGCCCAAAACACUGGCAACUUUGGCUAAAAACAAAAGCGCGAUUACCCGUACUUUUUACUCCUUCCUGUGACAUUAACAGCCAUCGUAACUUCUCUUGAGCUCACAAAGAUUCACUGUAAGAGGAAUCUUACAGACGUUCCGUGAUGAUGGGAAAAACAAACAGAUGCCAGAGACCUCCAUGGCAUCACAGCGGCUUCGCGGAGCGGGUGCCCGAAUACAGUGCACUUUGCUGGGCCACAUCAGGUGGCUCCUCCCCCUCUAUACUCUACUUCUCCUGGUAGUAGUCAUGUCAUGAUGUUUCAUUAGGACAAAUCAAUGUUCCGGUCCUUCUUACUUCCAGAUAUGCACAAACUACACUUCCAUCUAAAAAGUAGAUAUAAAAGUGUUAUCGGUAGCAGAAAGUUAUUAUAUUUCUUUAAACUCUGUCGCCAACACAGGUAUUGCUAGGUGUGUCUCCUGUGUUCAUUUUCACUUCCAUGGUCAUGGCUUUCCUUUUCUUUGGCGCACUGCUGCUCGGGAGACGUCAUGAAGAGUAAAAAGUCAACUAAAAAGUCAUGUUUUUCUUCCGCCGUGUGUCUGAGCAGGCACACAGUGUACAGUAUUCUUCCGCCGUCAUGCGCUCCAACUAGUCCUUAGGUCUUUGAUGAAUUUAUGGGAACGCUGUCAACAGAGGACCACCUGUACUUAAAGGUGUAAACCAGAUAAGUGUUCCUUCAAUACAGGGAUAUAAAAUACGAACUAGCACUUUGAAAUGUCUAACACACAACAUGCUUAGUGAGAACCACGUCAUCGAGUACUUGCUGAUUCCAGAGUGUUGUGCUUUGAAUGGCAAGGAAAGGGAAAUCGGUGCGCUCAUGUUUAUUUACGUGACGCCGCCACAGCUAGCAUGUUGCGUGCAAUAGCCAAUAAUUGUGUUGAUGUUUGCGCUAAACUGUUGCCAUGACUGACGUGAAAAGGAUGACAAUCACAACUUGGAAUGAGAUGAUUGAUGGGAAUGAAUGACACGUUAGCCAAUACCAGCCAUUGGAAAUGGAAUAUGCACACCAGUGCCGUCCUACUGGACUUGUACUGGUUCUAUGGAGCAGCUUGGACCUUGGGUGUGUGUGUGUGUGUGUUUGUUUUCAGGCCAAGCCCUUCUUGUGCAGAUUUCUUUUGCCAAAGCUUCCGCGUGAGGGCUGACACUCUGCUGAUGUUGCGUCUUUCAUUUUGCAGUAUUUAUUAUGAAUGAUAUAUUGAAACGUGUAUUUAUUGUGGUAAGUCGAUAGUUGAUAUCUUAAACAUUUUUGAAAUGCCGAUUGUGAGUUGUAAAGCUUCAUGUGCCUGGAUUUUUAUUUGGGAUAUUUUAGAUUUUGUGAAAUGCAAAUGUUUUGCACAAUGUGAUACAUUUUAUGUGUUUGCUUUUUAACCGUAGACGGAAAUCUGCUUGCUUUAUUUUCUACAUGCUUUUGAAAUAAAUGUCAUUUGGUCUUCAUCAUGACGUCACUGC